CCGCCUCCGGGUGAGCGCGGCCGCCGCGAGUCGGCCGUUGCUGGGCAUGCUCCCUGAGUGCCCCGCACCAAUAUGGCGGGCGUCCUCGCUGGGGUGACUUUAAUUUUCGGUUUUCGGCUGUAGCCGGCCGGUGCUCAUUUCUCUUCGGAAAGCUCUGAGCGCGUGGUGGGGCCGGGGAAAGGCAGGGUGGGUGCGGGGGUGAAAGGUGAGAGGUGACUGCAGGCAUCCAGGCCGGCUCCUGGCGGCAGGAAGAUGGCUGAGGGCGAGCGGCGGUCGCUGCCAGAUUCUUCGGAGGAUAUCCCUCCAGCCACUCAGAACUUCAUCAUUCCAAAAAAAGAGAUCCACACUGUUCCAGACAUGGGCAAAUGGAAGCGUUCUCAGGCGUACGCUGACUACAUCGGAUUCAUCCUCACCCUUAACGAAGGUGUGAAGGGGAAGAAGCUGAGCUUCGCGUACAGGGUCUCUGAGGCCAUUGAGAAACUGGUCGCUCUUCUCAACACGCUGGACAGGUGGAUUGAUGAGACUCCUCCGGUGGACCAGCCCUCUCGAUUUGGGAACAAGGCCUACAGGACCUGGUACGCCAAACUUGACGAGGAAGCAGAAAACUUGGUGGCCACAGUGGUCCCCACCCAUCUGGCAGCUGCUGUGCCCGAGGUGGCUGUUUACCUAAAGGAGUCGGUAGGGAACUCCACGCGCAUCGACUACGGCACAGGACAUGAAGCUGCCUUUGCUGCUUUCCUCUGCUGUCUCUGCAAGAUAGGGGUGCUGCGAGUGGACGACCAAAUAGCCAUUGUCUUCAAGGUGUUCAAUCGGUACCUUGAGGUUAUGCGGAAGCUCCAGAAGACGUACAGGAUGGAGCCGGCCGGCAGCCAGGGCGUGUGGGGCCUGGAUGACUUCCAGUUUCUGCCCUUCAUCUGGGGCAGUUCGCAGCUGAUAGACCACCCGUAUCUGGAGCCCAGGCACUUUGUCGAUGAGAAGGCCGUGAACGAGAACCACAGGGACUACAUGUUCCUGGAGUGCGUCCUGUUUAUCACCGAGGGUCUGCAGAGCUAUGUGCGUGUGGACGUGUGCAGCGAAGCCAUUGCAAGAGUUGGAGAGACUGGAGUGGACGGCGGGACAGAUCCCUGCUGA